AUGUCGAUGAAACUGUUCAAACACGUGAAGCAGUUUGCUGAUAUGGCAACUGAUGGAGUGACAGAUGUGGCAAAAGGAACCAUCAAUGUCGCUACAAACGUGACAACUGGAACUGCGAAAUUUGGAGUGAAAGCGGUGACAAAAACCGUAAAGGGAAGUGUGAAGGUGGUAACUGGUACUGCCCAGGGAGUCGCUUCCGUCGCCACUGCUGGAGUACACCUUGUGACCGGAGGUAAUGAUAGCAAAGAAUUUAGUGCAGAUGAGCUCAUGACAAGCGAAGAGCUUCGCAUGGAAGCUGAAGAAGACGCACAAUUGGAGGAGAUUGCUGGAGAGGUUCAGGAGGCAGAACAAGAGCACAAAAACGAAGUACGAAAGAACCGCGAAGAAGAAAAGCGGGACAGUCAAAUUCUUACGAAAUUGCAGGAAGAAGCUCAGGCCAAGGAUGCUAAACGAAAGAGCGAAUUCGAUGCUUUGAAGCAAGAAGCUUCCAAAAUCCAAGAAGAGCAUGCCGAAUUGGAAGCUGCCAAAGAAGAGGCUCUCAAGAAGGCUGAAGAAAUUGAAGAUGAAGUCAAAAAGGAGAAGAAGUUUGUCAAGAGAGCCAGACGCAGAUCCAUUUCUGCUGGAGAAGCCCCUCCCGAUGUAGAUCCAGCCCAGGAGGAAGCCAAGAAGAAGCGCCUAGAAGAGGCCAGAGUUCUCAAGGAAUUGGCCAAGGCCAAGGCUGAAGAGCAGAAACUUCUUGAUGAAGUUAAAGUUAGGACCCAGAAGCGUGCUAUGGAGCUCCGAAAGCAGGCUGAAGACCAGGCCAAGGAAAUUCAGGCAGCCCAAGAACAAGCCCGCAAGCGAAAGGAGAUCCGUGAACAGAAAGAAAAGGAAGCCAAAGAAAAAGCUGAAGCCCUAGAACGUGCUAGGAAAGAACAAGCUGACUUACUCCGGCAGAUGAGAGAGGAGGAGAGACAACGAAGAGCUGAAGAAGAUGCCAAUAGACAGCUCCGAGCUGCAGUUGCCAGAAAGAAGACAGAAGAUGACAAGCUUCAGGCUGCCAAGUACAGGGCAGAGAAGCGAGCCAGACAGCUCUCUGAUGCUGCUGCCGAUGACGAACGGGCCGGGAGACUUGCGCAACAAGCCAAGUACCAGGCUAUGAAGGACGCCAAGAGAGCUGAGUUGCAAAAUCGAGCCAUGGCAGAACGACAACGCCUUGCAGCUCAAAAGCAAGCUCGCCUCGAUAAGAUCUCAAGAGCCAGAGAAGAGGAAGAGGAGCGGCGCAGAGAACGCGAACGCGAACAAGCUAGAUUGCUCAAGGAAGAGGCCCGUCUGAGACGCCUCGAAGAUGAAAGAUUGCGCGCAGUCCGCAGAAAGGCUGAAGAACGAGCCAAAGAGCUGGAAGAAAAGGCUGCUGAACAGGAAUUCGAAGUCAAAUUGGAACAGGAAAAGAUCGAAAAUGCCAAAGAGGAAAGGCGCAAGCGUGAAGAGGCAAGACAGGCUCAAUUUGAGCGUCUGAAAGAAGCCGAAAAGGAGUUCUUGUUAAAGCAGCACGAAGAGGCGAAGAAGAAAGAGGCAGACGCUAUAAAGAAUAUGGAAUUGGAUGCCGCCCGCAAGAUCAGGGAAGCGGCUGAAAGAAGAGCCGACGAGGAACGCCAACUUGAUAAGGUCAAGGCCAGAGCUGAACUUCGCUCUGCAGAGCUGAGAGAAAUGCAAGAACAACGAGCUGAACAGGCCAAGAAAAAGGCUGCAGACUACAUGGCCGAGAAGCAGCGAUUGAUGGACAGAGAAAACGACAGGCUAGAAAAGAUUGAAGCUGCCAGACAAGCUCGCAUGGCGGCUCAGAUAAAGGCCGAGGAAGAACGCAGAAAAGCCGAAGUAGCAGAGCGGGAACGCCUAGAGGCUGAGGAGACCAGACAGCUUUUGGCUGAGAUCAAGGAUGCGGAAGCAAGAGAGAAGGCCGAACAGAAGCUGCAGAAAGAAGCCGAAGAAAGGCGAGCGAUCCGUAUGAAGGAACUUGAGAAAAAACGCAAGGAGAAGGAAGAGGAGUUCCGCAUUGAACGUGAAAAGGCUGCAGCAGCUCGUCUCAAGAAGGAACAGGAAGAUGAAGAGAAGCUACGUCAAUACCGUGAAGCAAAGCAGAAGGAACUUGCUGAUAUGGAAGAAAACAAAAGGCGACAAGAAGAAGAAUAUGAAAAAGCCCAACGCGAAGCUGAAGCCAAGAUGUACAAGGACAGAGCCGAAAAACGAGCCAGAGAAGACAAGAUGCUCCAGGAAGCUCGCGAUCUUGCUGAGAAGAGGGCCAGAGAGUUUGAAGAACAAUCGAGAAUCAAGGCAGAAGAGCGCCAAGCAUUCAUCUCAGAGCAACUCGCAAAGCAAUCGGCUAAGGAUAAGGAAAUCGUUGAGCGGGAAGCCAAGCUACGUGAAGCAAUGAUUGAGCAACAAGGAGAUGUUUUGAGAAAGAUUGAAGAAGACAAGAAACAAUCCGAGAUCCGCGCGAAAGAGGACGCAGAACGAGCCAAGGCCCAAGAGGCAUUUCAAAUGGCAAACCAGAAGACACGAAGAAUGGAACGUCGUAGAUCCAUGGAAGGUUUUGCUUCCGCCCAGGCUCAAGCCAAGGCUGCCGAGUUUGAGGCUCGCCGCUUGGAGGAUUUGAAGGCAGCUCGCGAGAAGCAAGCCAUUCACAAUGCCAAGAUCGAGCAGCAAGCUCGUAAGGACGCGGCUGCAGUUCAGAAGGCCGAGGAGUUCUUGGUCAUGUCCGAGAUGACUCGUUUGCAAAUUGAGAGUCAGGUCAAGCAAGCUCAAAUUUUGGCUUCUGGUCCAGGCAAGUACAACUACCCUGUCUCCAAGAAUUACGACGAAGAAUCCAGUAGUGAUUCUGAAGUCGAAGCUGAUGACUUCAGUAAACUCUACGCCGGCCUCAGUUUGGGCGGUGGCUAUGGCGGAAGAAGCAGUGGAUACGGUUCCAGCUCGAAUUCCAAGUCGAUGGCAAGUUACACUGGUUCUCUUUCUGGUCCAUCUCUUGAUGACUCAGCUCCACCACCCAAAAAAAGCGGCAGGCGACAACGACGAGCCUCCAUGGGCAUGUUGGAAACCAAAACCCCUUCAAAGGAGGAGAGGGUCAGAAGCCGCAAGGGAACGAGCAAAUCGCCUAGCCGAUCCAAAUCGGUGGAUACCACAGAAGGAUCCAUCUUGUCCAAGAAGUCCUCCAAGUCCAAAGACAAAAAGUCCCGCAAGGCUCCUAGGAGGACCAAAUCUAUGGAAUUGCCCGAAUUGCCUGGGAAGAAGUCCAGCAGCAAGGAAGCCAAGCGAACCAAAUCCAUUGAGAAUUCAGUGAAGACUUCCAAAUCCAAGUCCUCAAAGAAGGAUAAAAAGAAGGACAAGAAGUAG